UUGUCCAUUGAUCAAGAUAUAUUUCCCUCUUCAAAACUUAUAAUUUUCCCUCAAGCUAAAGAGAAGAAUUGUAUAAUUAAGUAGAUAAAUAUAAUUUAGCAGUGUAUAAACAUGUCAAGUUUGCAACUUUCUUCAGAUGGCAAAAGUAGUUACAUGCAGACUUGUAACUUGUUGAGUCAGUAUCUCAAUGGAAAGGCUGCCCUUAAAGAUAUCAUCAAUCUUGGAAUCAAUGGCGACGGAGAAAUCGCAGGUUACACAAGAUCAGGAAAAACUGAUAUAUCUCAGGUGACGGAAACUGCAACCAUGGAUUUUUUGACAAACAUGGAAGAACAAUCAACCAAGACAAUGGACCAAUUGCAAGACAUAGAUCAAAAUGGCACAACAAAUUCUUUUACAGAAAUGGAAGCGUCAAUAAAUAAAGCCAGCAACAGUAGUAAAGAGAUACAAAAGGAGUUAAAAGCAGCGCAGUUGUCUAUAUUCUAUGGGGGUAAAGUAAUAAUGUUUGAUGAUUUCCCAGCUGAUAAAGCAAGAGCAAUGAUGUUAUUAGCUAGCAAAGGAAGCCCUCACAAUUCUUGUGCCGUUUUUAACACUACCAGUAUGGAUAAAACUGGUCCACCUAAUUCUGCUGCUAACACCUUUGGUGUUUUGUGUUUGUCCACUUCAGAUUUACCUAUUGCAAGAAGAUCUGCACUUCAUAGGUUCCUUGGCAGGAGGAAAGAUAGAGACACGGCCAGAGCGCCAUACCAAGUGCAGAAUCUAUUGACAACAUCUUCAAAGAAUGAGGAACCAACUUCCGUGAUUCGUGAUCAGAGCCAUUUUGAUCUCAACUUCACGUUAUAGUCAACUCGAUGUCUAAAUUAUUUUUGGUUAUUACUUUACUAUAUGUAGAUGUAAUUCUCAUGGUGCAUUCACUCAGCGCUCUGUAUUCAGCUUGGACUAUAUAUGUACAGGAACUGUGAUCUAAGAUUUUAAGUUAGUAUGCGUAAAGUACGAGACAAUAUUAUUUUGUGACACUUGCAAACCUUAAUAUAGAUAUAAUAUUUUACAAGUUGA